GAUAAAAAGUCACAUUUGACACCAAAAAAUGUCUAUAAAAUCCGAGAUAUCUUUAAUACAAUUGUCUAAACAAAUCCCUUUUAAUAUUGAUGAUGCUUUAAAACAACAGUUAUGUUUUGGCGAAACACUAAUAAUCAGUUGUGGACACAUUGAAGGAAAAUCGUAUGACAUAUUAUCGGAUUCAGAAUGUUCCACUUCCGAAACUUCGGUCAGUGAAGAAACCGAUAAGGUUAGGUAUAUUAAGCCUUUGGAACCGAAGGAAGAAGUUGAAGAGAAAGCUUCUAAACAUUCCAGCGACGAAGAUAAUGAUUUUCAUUUUUACUUUUUCCCGGAUUGUAGCAAACCUGUUCCUUCCAGAGACAGCAAAAGUAGUCUUAUUAUUAAAGAUGGUAUGCCACAUAUAAAUCGAAGAAAUGUCCACCAAGAUAAUUGCAGCUGUGAGGUUGAUCCAAAAGGUCGAUGUAAAUGUAUGGUUGAAAUACCCUGUCUUUGCGGCGCCGAAGAAAAAUCAGAAUGUGUGUGUGCUGCAUUAGAAAAUAUAUGUGUUUGCAAUGAAACAAAACCAGACAUUAAAUGUUCUUGUAAAAACGCUGAAAUAUGUACCUGCAUGGAAGACAAAUGUCGUUUAAUUUGCACUUGCGAUAAAAUUGAUAAACCAUGUAUUUGCAACAGAGAUAAGUUUCCACGGCCCACUUGUAUUUGUAAACAUAAACCCGUGACGUACGAUUAUUCAGUUCCUUCAGAAAUACCAGGCGAAAGCGUUAUUGAGGAAUCAACUAAAACAACUAAAUCUUCCUGUGAUUGCCAAAAAUCAAAACCAUCUGAACCAGGGGUAGAAGAAGAGAUUUCAUGUGUGUGUGAUCGAAAAGCACAGGGAAAAAGCGGUUUAAGUUGUUCUUCAACAUGCCAAAACCCUCAAGAUUGUUCUUGUAAUCGUAAUUUAGACGAUACUUGUGCAUGUUUUCCCGACACUAAAAUUUGUAAAUGCGGGAAUCCAGAGAAUUGUAAAUGUUUUCAUAUUUGUGAAUGUACACCGCCUUGUAUAUGUGACAUUGAAAGUAAAAAACAAAUUGAAUGUACUUGUAUAAAAUCGGGUGGCGGUGUCGAUCAAGGUGAAGUUAAGAAAUUAAAGAAAGUACGAGCAGGAAAACAUGGAUACCGCUGGUGUCAUGAUGUCGAUCCACGACACACAUAUUUCGAUUAUGCUUACGGAAGACAUGACAAAAUUGUUCAUAAAGAGGUGGAAGAACCGAAAGUAGUAAUAACUGACAUGAAAGGACAAAAAGAAACCGGAAGUGAUGAUAGUGAAAAACCAAAUAUACCAAGUUAUAGGAGAAAGACAAAAAAAUUAUCUCUUGACUGCUGUAGUGCUGUUGGAGGUAUAACUAUCAAUGUUGAGACACUCGGAGAAGACAAGGGUAAAUUCCUGGUUCAGGUAGUAUCACAUUCAUCUAGAGAAGCUGCGAAGACGGGCUCUAAAAUUGUUAGUAUCGUUGAUUGUAAGCUGCAUACACUAGAAGAAAACAGGACCGAGUAUAUACAGAGUAGAGAUAAAUUUAAAGAGAAGCGAAAUUAUAUGGCAAUUUGCGAGAGCGGUUACUACAAUAAAGUCACUCGUAUAUGUGGCGACCGUCAUUUAAUAAAGCGGUUUUAUCAUACCUUUGAAGAAGCCCAUAACUUUUUGUUGGAAGGCGCUAAUAUCGUGCUUAUGCGUUAUGUGGGUCUGACUCGUUACAAAGGCUGUAUUAAAACGGAUACCGUUCUCAUUGGCGGCGUUGUGUGUGAAAGUAUUUAUGUUUGCCUUGGUGUGAGUAACGCAAUUGUUAAUAGUAAACCGUUCUUUGUGGUGAAAGUGGAACGGCAUAUAAUAGAACCCUCCGGCUACGUUCACCAAACCCUUUUGGUUCUGUCACUUAGGGGUUACAUCGUAAGCCAGGAGUGGGCGAAUAACAGUUACAUUCUACAUAUAAAUCCGUUGUUACGGAUCGUUCCUGAGAAAGACGAAAUAGAACGCCACGAGCCUCUGCGUGAGACUUGGCGAACCGACUUGCAAUUGUUAUCGGAUUACCUUGACUUUAAGUCUACAAGAACUUCUGAAGGCGGACGAUACGUUUCUGAGAACGGCGAGUUGACUGGUACAAUCCGCGACUACUUACAAGCCGUUCUCUUGCUUCGUCCCAGCGAUACUCUGCACUUCACGCGACAUUACUUUGGAGCUGCACUAUCUGCUCUAGACUUACCCCACAACGAAUUCUUUGACUCUUCAAACAAACACGUUCGAUAUUUCUUCUUUGAAGAUUAAUUUGCUAGGAUAGUUUUUUUUUAAAUAUGUCCAGAAAAGCUUUUUAAAAUUAUUAAUCUUUUUACCAAUUUGUUUACACUAUGGAAAUUGAAAUAAAAAAUUGCAAUAGUAAUUUCGGGUUUUUGAAAUAUUCAAGAUGGCAAAUUUUACAGUUACAAAGCAGCAUCUUUUGAUAGAAAACAAGGAAGGAAAAAUUAUGGAUUUCUGCUAAAUUCUUUACUAUGAGAUGAUGGCAAUGUUCUUGUUUUUUAUUGUUGAUGAAUUCUAAAUAAUAAUUUUAAAUUAAAAAAUAAUAUUGCUAAGUGAACGUAAGCGGGAUUACUCGCGCAAGUUUAAAUGAACUGGAUGCCGGCGUCCUUCUGAGAUUACGUUAAUUAACAUUUCCCCACACUGGGAAUACCAAUUAUGGACUCAAUAUUUCUGAUUUCAUUUCCUAGAUUCAUUGCUUACAGACAUUACGACGGGAUUCAUGUGCAAACUUUGAUUAAAAUGAAGAGAAAUACCUUUUGCAAAUUUCCUAGCAAAUAUCUGAGAUUUCAUCGUUCCAUGAUUUCUCUUUCAAUUCCUACUUUGUCGAUUACAUGUUAAUAAGUUUGAUCCGUGUUUCUCAUAGAAUGUGAAAUGUAUCUUU